UAUUGUCUGUCAUACAGAUGUUUUGAUACCAUUAUAACACUUUCUUUUUAUAUUUUAUUUAUUUUGUUAGAUAUUCAAUAUUUAUUAUUAGAAAUAUUAUACAUUUUUACUCCUUAUAAUGCCUAGAAGAUUAUUUAGAAAGUUUAGGAGGAGGGAAUGGCCAAAAGAGUUCUCACAAGUUACAACGGAUACUAUCGAUCGUAUAGAACUCAAUUUAAAUGUUAUCGGUUUGAUGUAUUUCAGGGAAGACUAAUUACAGAUGAGCCUAUAAUGCAUACAAUGCCUAGGAUUGAAGAAGUAGUUCUAGCUAGCCAGUUGCCCUCCCUCGGUCGUCAAAUUCGAAAUUCUAUUAAAGAGGUGGAUAUAAUGGAUGACUUGGUGGCUUAUAGGAUAGUGACCAAAUCAAAUGAGCUUUUAGUUGCCUCCGACGCCGAGUUUUCAGCGUGCGUUCUUCAAAAACUCAAGUCUUCGGAGAAAGAGGACCCCCAUAAACACAUACAUUAGAAAGAGUUCUUUGUGCCAUAAUUAAUAAUGAAAAUAAUUACAAACUUAUUGAAAGAUGCAAGAGAUGAAUGGCUUGUACGAACCACGGCCACAAUUAACUCUGCUAAUCCCAUCGUGGACAGAAUAAUGGAUGAUGAUUCAGUAGAAGGCGUAAUAAUGACUAACAAAGAAGGGGCCCCGAUAUUGACUAAUAUGAGCGUUACUAGCGCCACGAAUUAUGGCAGAGCUCUUCACAAGUUUGGACAAAUAUCGCAAAUCUACAUUAAAGAACUGAACCCUCUGGAAGAAAUAAUAAUAAUACGAAUCCAUACAAAGAAAGAUGAAAUAAUGGUGGCACCAGACAGUGAGUUCAACAUCAUGGUGAUACAACACGCUAGAUCCCAUCACAAGCCGAAAGACAAGAAAAUAAAAGACAAAUGAUCGACAAACUCUCAAGUUUAAAAAUAAUCUAUUGUUUAUUAUGGCAUUAUUUUUAUAAGGAAUAAACACUGAAAUGAAAA